AUGUCAACUCCCAACGACGAGACCAUCGUUGCGCGUCCGACCGACGACACGAGUCGUGAGGUGCGCGUUAUCCAUGCCCUAUUUCCUCGGGAGUGUCUGAGUCUAGACACGGAAGCCUCCAGCACGUAUCACAACACAGGCGUCCAAACCCUUCCACCACCAAAUGGCGACGUCUACAGAAUCAUCAACGGUCGCGAGCCAUCACAGAGCGACUAUAUACACAACAUGGGUGCCGCCGCUAUUGGACGCUACCAGGGAGACCCUCGCUCGAAUACAUACGAAUUGAUGUACGGUGCAGCAUGUACAGCUCCACAAGCUACAGGAGGUGCGAAAUACGUGGACUCAGGUUUCCAGACUGCAGAUUGCAACAUCACUCGCAAAGCGCUGGCCAGUGCAAAGGUCAAAGCAUCUAUGACGGCCAACAAAUAUCGUGGCGCUGCCGCUAAAGCUGGUUACACCAUCUGCGCUGAGUCCAAAGAUGACAACACUGUGCAUUCUGAGCAAUAUCCUACGACAGCACGGCUUGAUAUUGAAGGCAACUUGCUAGACGGCAACGUCGAGAGCCGUCAUCUCCCAAACAUAUACGGCACGUUAAUGCAUCAUUCCAUAUCGGCACCAGAACUAUGCAGGAAGACAGUCGUGCCUACCGUCAGGCAAGAAGCGAGCAUUUCACAUUACGAUGCACCAACACGUAGAGCUGCAUACCCCUCACCUUCUCUAUCGCCGCUCACAACCACGAAUUUUCUACCUAUGCCUGUUGAGAGAAUAUCAGCGCUCGCACCGUCCUCAAAAAGGCAGCCAUCUGACUCAGCCUUUGCACUGCAGAACGAGUAUGGACAUGUUGGAUCUGCCAUGAACAACUUUGUCGUCCUUGAUCCUGCAGCUACUGGUAUCUCAUCGGCCCAUAAUUCUACAGAGACGACUACACUGUUAUCAGGCAAAAACAUAUUAGACGAUCGUGAAGAUAUCGAAACUCCGACGAAGAGACGUAGAUGUGCAACGCCUGAGAUCCCGCAGGAAGGUUCCAUUUCAGUCACGACUUCACCGAGCUGGCCCGAAGAACGACUACAGCAAGAUUUUCAGGCACAUAGGGGAUCUCUGAAUACAGCAGAAGGUACAUACUCUCAGUUUGUCCAACUCCAACGCUCACCAUCAGGCGAUGACAGCCCAAAACACACUUCGGAUGUUAUUCAGUGCGCCAUCACAGCAAAGAAAAACCAUACAAACAAUUUACCAGAAGAUUAUAAGCCGUCUGCAACUGCUCUGCGCAGAAGUUCACCUUUUCAAAAGUCGGAAGGCUCGGUCAUUCUCAAACGAAAUCCAUUCUCAGAGUUCCCAAAACAAUUCUACGAUCGAAAAAAUCGUCAAAAAGCCAAACGUACACUUGAGACGAAGCGAGUCAGGCCUAUAUCACACAUCAGAGAGCAAGUUGAUGACAGCAACAAUAAAAUUCAAGCGAAUCGCGAGGGAAGAUUCAAAGUCGUGCCCGACCUUGCUGAGAAAUCACCCGACAAUCGACAAUCGACAUUCAGAGCGACUGCUUUACUGAAUGAAACUGCAUCAAAUUGUGUCAAGAGUAGUACCACCUCCCGCACUUUGCGUGGUUCUAGGCAAGCGCUUGCCCCGUAUGUGCCUCCUGCAAUGCGCGCCAGAGCUCGGCAGGCUCUUGAGACCGAGCAAGAGACAAGAAGCCAGAAAGAGUGA